CGGCUGCGGCUGCGUGCGGCCGCCCCAACCCCGGGCCAGCUUCUCGUCCCUUCCCCGGGGCUGCCGCGAUUUCCAUUAAUAGCCAGCUGAGCUGCCCGGCUAAAAAUAACCCCGGGCCCUCUUCAUAAGGCCCCGCCGGCCGCGCCGCCGGCAGCCCCGCACGCCAUGGCCGAGCGCCGCGUCCCCUUCACCUUCCUGCGCAGCCCCAGCUGGGACCCCUUCCGCGACUGGUACCAUGGCAGCCGCCUCUUCGACCAGUCCUUCGGGAUGCCCCACAUCCCCGAGGAUUGGUACAAGUGGCCCAGCGGCAGCGCCUGGCCCGGUUAUUUCCGCCUGCUGCCCCGGGAGAGCGCCCUGAUGCCCGCGCCCGGCUCGGCCCUCGGGCAGGCGCUGAGCCGCCAGCUCAGCAGCGGCAUCUCCGAGAUCCGCCAGACCGCCGACAGCUGGAAGGUCACCUUGGACGUCAACCACUUCGCACCCGAGGAGCUGGUGGUCAAGACCAAGGAUAACAUCGUGGAGAUAACCGGUGGGUGCUGCGGUGGGGCUCUGUGGGGUGUCCCCGCUCUGGAGAUUGCUGGGGGGAAAGGUGGAAUAAGGGAUGGGAAUAGGGGAGGGAAGGAAAAGCAGGAGGAGGGGAGGAGAAAGGGA